UCCAGCCCAGGGCCGCCAUGUACGACCGGGCGCCUCGGGCCUUGACGCUGACGGUCGGCUGCCCAGAGCCCCACUUGGGCCCCGGCUGCUAUGACCUGCCCUCCACCGCUAGGCAGCUCCGAGAUGGUUUUGCUCCAUUUCUUUCUCUGACAAGUCGUGGUCUUCAAAGCACUUCUCAAAAUGCUGUCGAUGAUAUUCCAGGGCCAGGACAUUAUGAAAUUGACAGAACACAGAAAACUAUUAAAGGGGGGCAAAGUCUUCGAUAUAAAGAGAAACGUUUCAGAGAUAUCCGCACGGAUACCCCUGGUCCUGGAACAUAUUGCCAACCUCUUUCACUGGGUCAAGACAUCAGUAGGCCAAAGAGACCAGUUAAAGUCCCUGCAGCACAGAAAUUUUCAAGCAGUAUCAAAAUCUUCCGAAAGUCUGAGGCUCCCUCUAUCCCUUCCCAAGGACAAGCAUAUGGUUAUGAAGAAUUGGAGGAUGGCACUCUUAUAAAGCAUACCCCUCCUUCAAGAGACAGUACUUUGGGUCCAGCAUAUUAUCAGAUGAAUAGUAAUGAAACUUAUCCUACGAUGAAGUAUAAAGGAGUGCAUUUUGGCAAUUUGACGGAAAAGCGACAUGAAUUUAAGGCACACGAAGGCCCUGGACCUGGAGAUUAUGAUGUAAUUCCGGAAAAUGUGGUGCAUUAUGAAAAUGUCAACAUUAGGAGGGAAGACCAGAAAAAAUAUGACCUCUGUGUUCCACGCUAUCAUGAAGUAAUAGUAUUGCAGGAAGAAAAGAAGGGUGUUCCAGGUCCUGGCCAGUAUUAUAUAAAAGGUCAAUUUGAAAAGGGAGACAGGAUAGCACAAAGUGAAGCUCACCGUGCUCCUUUUCUUUCUCUUGCCCAGAGGUUUGCACCAGUGAAAUCAUCCACCCCAGCUCCUGGCACCUAUAAUGAAACACGCUAUGCUCUUGAGUCCUUGAAGAAAGCUUCUAAAACAAAAAACAUUCCAUUUGGCCAUACUGCUGUUCGAUUCACCCAAGACUACAGGCUGCAAAAAACACCAGGUCCUGCAUUCUAUAAUAUCCUCAACGACAGCAUUGCAACAGAAAGUCUUAAAAAAACUGUUUUGGAAAAAAGAAAGAAAGGAGCAUUUGGUUCUUCAGUUCCUAGACUUUUAUAUUUAGUUAAGAGAGAAGCUUUAAGUACUCCUGGUCCAGCUGAUUAUCAGGUCAAAGAGACCACUGAAGAACCACGUAAAAAGAAGAAGCAAUUAUCUGUUUUUGUGUCAGCAACAGAAAGAAUUCCAGUAAUGAACACAGAAGCUCCACCACCAGGCUCCUACGAUGUUCAAAAAUCAUUUGAGAAAUCACAGUGCAGAAGUGAGUACAUGCCUCCACGAACCAUAAUGGCUAAAAAGAAGCAUGCUUCUUUUCUCAGUGGAACAUUUAGGGAAGGCGUUUCAAAGGCUGUCAUGGAUUUGCCAGGACCAGGAGCCUACAACCCAGAGGCAUAUAACUCAGCAGCAAAACCAUCUUCCAGUGUUGCAGUCUGGGUUUCUCGAGUGGAGCGUUUUAAAGAAACAAAAGAUGACACUCCUGGCCCUGGAACAUAUGAGCUGAGCCCACUGUUGAGAGAUACUGUCCUGAAGAGAACAUACAAUACUACAUUAAAUAACCCAGUUGUGAUUCAAGCAUACAAUUCAACUUAUAGAUGUCUGCCAUCCAGACAAGGAUUUUUAUGCGGUAUCUGUGCAUCCAAUGAAAUGAACUCAAAAAAGCAAAAUGAAGCCUUAGUAGCCGAUAAUAAAUGAAUCCUUCUCAAGGUUGCCUGGGGAAUAAAUCUCUUUGGUUUGAUUAUGGUGUCCAUCAGCUGUUCAGAUGAACCAAAUUUGCCUCAUUAACCUUCAGAAAUAUAUAUAAAAGAUGCUCUUAAAAUUGCUUCUUAAUUUUUCUUCCUUCUGAGCUUUUCUCAAUAGUACCAGGUCCUUUUGCAAAGUUUUCCCUAUCUUGUUGGUAUUUCUAUCUCUUACACAGUUUUCCCACGCAUUGCUGAUAUUUUCUGUGUGUGCACUUCCAGACUUAAUAAAAUUAUUUAGCAAAUUAAUUGCUAUAUUCAUUUCCCUAGUUCUAUUUUUUUUCUUUUAAGUUUGACUCCUAGUACUACCUGCCCCCAGGCAUCCAUAGGGAUCGCUAUGUGAACUCAGGCUGUCCCUUCAGAUGACAUCCUUGCAGCGUAUACAUUGACAGGAAAUUGCAUGCAUCUUCACUGCUUUCACUGCUCUCCAACGUAAUGGAAAUGACAGUGAGGGGCUCUGUGGGUUGGGGAGGUUUUGGUUAUGUGCAGUUGGUUCAUAAUUGUGAGCCCUGUAGUGACCAAAAAAAGUGAAUUUCAAUAGCAUAAAUUGGACUUGUGCUAUUUUAACCCUCAACAGAAUGUCAACCCACAUUUCUGGAUAUUGUGCUGGAAGAUGUUCAUAAUAUAUGCCAGUGUAGUAUUGUGUUUUUUGUAUUAAUGUUACUUGUAAAUCGUAAUUCCCAUAUAUCAUGGAAUGCUGUGGUAACAUUUGUGACAUAAACAACUAGCAAAAUUAAAAUUAUAUCUU